AUGGCAGACAACACUAUGCUGGCAGCCACGGUGGACAUGCUGCGUGGAAGUGCGGAGAGCAGGUCCUGGCAGGAGAACAACGAAGACAUGGCCUCCUUCGUUCAGGAGGACGAGGGCAUGUCUCCCUGCUUCAGCGAGGUUCCCUCAGACUUUCAAUCGAACCUGCUCAUGCGAACGCUUUGCCCUGCUUCUUUGCCUUUUCGGGAUCGGCUGGCCCGGGCGACGCCUGCGCGAGACGUCCAGAGCCCACUGGACUGGACUGCGCUAGCGGCUGCAGAGACGACGGAGGCCCUGGCACGGGAUGCGGAGGAUGAGUCGGCAGGGAAGGUCGAGAUCAACAGUGGUGGCCAGGUGUUCUUUGGCCUGCUCUCUUCAACCGACGGAGAGCAGGCCGUCGUGCUCAAAUUCUGCAACAACCGCUACAUCCUGCAAUCUGAGCAGAUGGCAGCCGAGCUGGCGCGGCAUUUAGGCGUGCCCGGCCCAGCUUCGCGGAUCCUCCUGAAGCCGCAUGACACGGCAGAGUGGGAGCAGCUAAGUGCCAGGGCUCUGGAGGUUUGCCCGCCGCUGGCAGAGGUGCUCCAGAAGAAGAUGUCGAUGCUGCUGCUGCAGUUCGUUCCUGGUCAAAACCUGGAAAGCGAAGUGGAGACCUUCCAAGGGCCGAAUCUGGCCAAGGCCUGCCAGGCCUUGGGCCGCUUGUUUAUCCUGGACCUGCUGCUGGGCAAUGCUGAUCGAUUGCCUUUGCAUUCCUUAGGUUGGCGUGGCAAUCCCGGGAACGUGCUCUGGAGCGAUGGCCGCUGCGUUCCCAUCGAUGCGGUGGUGGCGCGAAGACCACCGAAACUGCUAGUUCGGGAGAUGGAUCAGAAAGCCGCAUGGCUUCUCGAGCUGGUCUUGCUGGAUCGGGCGAGUGCACAGCAGGUGCUGAUGGAGGCUUUCAGCUGCAACACUGCAGCUGCUGAAGCUAUCAGUGCCGACUGGGCCUCCAACGAGAAUGCCUGGGCGGAGCGCUACGGAGGCAAGGCCGCUGCUGAAAAAGCGGGGGCCAUGAGCAGCGUGAAGGCCUUCAACGAGGGGGCGAAGGCCGCCUUAGCUGCGGCGGUUCAGGAGCAAGGGCUGUUAGAAAUGAUGACAGACGUUGUUCAUUCCUGGAUCGAGAAUUUUCGAGCAGACCUCAUCGAUCUGCGUGCGAACUCACCUAGUCGUGCCCAGCUUAAGCUGGGGAACACAGCGGAGCUCCGUGACCUCAGCCAAGAGGCCACAAAACCUGAUGCUUUCAAGGAGCGGCUGGCAAUGUGGCAGGACUUGCUGCGCGAGAAGACCCAGAAUCUCGCGAAGGCCGUGGAUGAGUGGGCUGCCCGACGAGAGCUGCGCACUUCCUUCUCCUUUCGUGGCUUUCUGGGCGAGAGCGUUCUCAAUCCCGUGGCGGAUGCCUACGAGCUUCUUGUACGUCUGAGGCAGCUCACCAGCCGCAUCAAAGUCCUUCACAUGGCCGGCUCGGUCUCGCGACCAGCGGAUCUCUCUCCGAAGGUCCCGCUGUUCGUGGGUGGUGCAACGAGCCUUUGCCUGCAUGUGCUGCGGAAGCUGGGCGUGACGCACAUCCUCAACUGCACCGAAGACCUGCCAGCCCCCAGCGAGGAGGAGUUGGGAGAUCUCAAUUGGCGGCGGCUGGCCCUACCCGACCACGAAAACCAGGAUCUGUCAGAGACCCUGAAAUCCGCACUGGAGGUCAUUGCAGAAGCGGAAGAAGCUGGAGGAAAGAUUCUUGUCCACUGCCACGAAGGUAAGAGUCGGUCAGUGUCCGUUUGCCUGGCCUAUCUGAUCUCCAGGCAGAUGCCUCUCGCCGACGCGCUUGCGUAUGUGAAGUCCAAGCGCCCCAUCGCCCGCCCGAACGCGGGCUUUCAUUUCUCCACAGUAGCCAUCUCUGAGGGGGAAUGCCGACAGCCACACAAAGACAGCAACAAUGCCUUCACACCAAAUCUACUCAUGGGACUCAUUUCGUUAAAAGGAGGCGGCAUCUGGAUAGAGAGCCCGCAAGGUUUCAACCCACCGUACCCGAAUGAAGCAACUAGGCUGGAGCAAAGUCAGCCCUCCUCCUUCAAGCGUCCUGGACCUGGCCCUGUGGGAAUUGCAGUGCAGAUGAUGUUUCCGAGGAUUACUUUGGCUCAACUCUUGCUUUACCUUCCGAUGGCUGAAGUUUGUCGGCCCGCUCGCCACGGGAAUUCCGGGAGUGACCUGGCUCAACCGGCAACCCAGACCGUCCGCAUCAAUAUCGGUGGUGAAAAGCUUAUCGAAGUCCACCGCGAAUUGUUCAGUGUGGUCGGAGACAACAAGCUAUCCGCCUUGUUUUCAGGUCGCUGGAAGCUUUAUCUAGAUGACCGUGGCUAUUUCUUUGUCGACUAUUCUCCCGAGGUUUUUAUGCCGUUGAUUGAAUGGCUGCGCCUUGUUCGUGACAGCCCCUCGCAGCAAAGCAUCCCCCUUAUAGAUGUAGACACAAGGCACCGGCUAGCACUCGUUCGAAUGAUGGUGGCGAUGUCGUUCGAGCUGCAUGCUCUUCGGAGUGCUGGCGUGCUUGCUGCAGAGUUGAUCUCCUAUGGCUUCGGAGUCGACAGCAUCGCCGACGCUGGAUACUGCGCGGACGAGCUUCUUCAGGCUGGAGCCACUCUUGAAUCUCUCAGGCACGCUGGGGUGGAGGCCCAGCGGCUGAAGCAUCUCGGCUUAAGCAAGCUCAGACAGGCAGGCUAUACUGCCAGAGAGCUGAAGCAUGCAGGCUUCGACGGCUUAUCCCUUCUGCGUCACGGUGUGACAGUAGCAGACCUGAUCCAAGCUGAGUUUGCCCCGAAUGACUUGCGGGGGCGAGGUGUCCAGUCCGCCACACUCGUUUACGAGCUCGGCUUCUUAGGAUUUUCAACCACCGAGCUUCGUGCAGCAGGCUUCUCUGCCUCUGAUCUCACAGUCGGAGGGUUUACGGCCACACAGCUUCGCACGGCAGGCUUCUCUGCCAUGGAACUCAAAGAGGCAGGAUUUUCUGCGGCAGAGCUUCGUGAAGCUGGAUUUACUGCCGACCAGCUCGCACAUGCAAGGUUCUUUCGCCAACAGCUUGAAGCAGCAGGGUUCGAACACAUUAUGAUCAAUUUCUCUGAUACCUACCAACUUCGGAGCUUCAAAACACGUGGCUUUCUUCCGGACAACCUUCCUGCAGCAACCGUCUCAGAGCUUCGCAUCGCCGGGUUCAGUGCCACAGAACUCCGGCAGCAGGGCUUUGACGCGUUGCUACGUCUAUUCGGUCGCAUUACUUUGCGAUCCACGCGCAGGACUGGCGAAGUGCGACCGCCAACAGCGGGCCAGGUCCAGAUCCUCGGUAACGACGUCACGACAUCUGACGGCCUGGAAGAGGCAUACCAAGUCCUGGGCGUUUGCCCUCAGGUUGAUCCUCUCUGGGAGUUCUUGUCCGGCCGGGAGCACCUGUUGUUCUUCGGUCGAGUGAAGGGCGUCCCGGAGGCCGAGCUUGAUGCGCGUGUGAACAAUCUCCUUUACCGGCUGGGGCUCGACGGACAGGAUGCCGACAGAAAGGCCGUGGAGUACAGCGGCGGAAUGAAGCGCAAACUGAGCCUCGCCAUCGCCCUGAUCGGCCGAUCUCCUUUGCUUUUCCUGGACGAGCCCAGUGCAGCCGUGGACGCUGGUGCCAAGCGGCACCUGUGGAAGGUGAUCCGUAUGCGCUCGCGUGACCAAACCGUGGUCUUGACGACUCACUCCAUGGAGGAGGCAGAGGCACUCUGCAAUCGCAUCGCGAUCCAGGUCCGUGGUCAGCUUCGAUGCUUGGGCACGCCUCUGCACAUCAAGGGAAAGUACGGCUCCGGAUAUCAGUUGGAGCUCUUCUGCGAUCCUCCUGCAGAUGAGUUCAGUUCGGCACCCAGGGUCUAG